AAAUGUGAGUACUAAACUGUUAUUAUUUUUUUGUAACCAUUCUAGAGAGAGAACCCAGAGGGGAGAGAGAGAGAGAGCAAAGAUCAAAAAAUGGUACCAAAAGUGGAAAAGAAACAGGAAAAGAACGAAGCAAAUCGAGCCCAGAAGCCUUGCUUUGUUGACUGAGAGUAGUGCAUUGUGCGAGUUUCGAAAAGGGGAAAAUUGGAUUCGAAUCUGAUCGCAUUCGGAGAUGAAAUCAGACAACAGAGGUGAUACUAGGGCAUAUACAUGUGUAUGUGUAUCUGGAUGUGAAUUUUUUUCCUGGAUUUGAUCUGAAAAUGCUUCGAAGAACUGUGAUGUGAGCGAAAUGAUGUGACCUGUUGGGGCAUUGGGAUUGAAAUUGGUUGAUUAGAGGAAUUACAGCUUGUAUUUUCUAUAGAUUGAAGUAUUGAUUUGUACUCAUAGUAGAUCGAGAGAGUAAUGGAGUCUCGAAUGGAUCAGUAUGAGAUCAUGGAGCAGAUUGGUCGCGGAGCUUUUGGAGCCGCCAUACUCGUCAAUCACAAGCUAGAGAAGAAGAAGUACGUUCUAAAGAAGAUUCGUCUGGCAAGACAGACGGAGCGUUGUAGGAGAUCUGCUCAUCAAGAGAUGGCUCUGAUUGCUAGAAUUCAACACCCAUACAUUGUGGAAUUUAAGGAAGCGUGGGUAGAGAAGGGCUGCUAUGUUUGCAUUGUUACCGGGUAUUGUGAAGGCGGAGAUAUGGCUGAAUUGAUGAAAAAAUCAAAUGGGCAGUAUUUUCCUGAGGAGAAACUCUGCAAGUGGUUCACUCAACUACUAUUGGCAGUUGAAUAUCUGCAUGCGAAUUAUGUUUUACAUCGAGACCUAAAGUGUUCCAACAUCUUUCUUACUAAAGAUCAAGAUGUUCGCCUUGGGGAUUUUGGACUUGCUAAAACUUUGAAGGCAGAUGACUUGGCCUCUUCAGUAGUUGGAACUCCCAAUUACAUGUGUCCUGAACUUCUUGCAGAUAUACCAUACGGUUUCAAAUCAGAUAUUUGGUCCCUAGGUUGCUGUAUUUACGAGAUGGCUGCUCAUCGCCCCGCAUUUAAAGCUUUUGAUAUGGCAGGAUUGAUAAGUAAGAUAAAUCGAUCGUCCAUCGGUCCUUUGCCUCCCUGUUAUUCCCCUUCCUUGAAAACUCUUAUCAAGGGCAUGCUAAGAAAGAGUCCUGAACAUCGGCCAAGUGCAUCAGAUAUCCUGAAGCACCCAUAUUUGCAGCCUUAUAUUGAUCAAUACCGCCCAUCCUUUAACAUUACUUCCUGUUCUCCAGAGAAGCCUAUUUCUAGUGCUCGUGAUACUAGGAAGACUUUGGUUGAAAGCCAAAGCAGUAACAGUUCUUGCAGUGAUAAAGAUAGUUUGGUUUCAACCGAGAAAAACAUGAUGGCAAUGGCAUUUAAUUGUGGCAAUAGAGGUACUGAUACAGAUUCAGCUUCUAUUGAUGAUGAGGUUGGCUGUGAGGAGUUGCUAGCAAGUGAUGAACAUAAUGGUGCUGAUAUCUGCACUCUCAAAAUGGAUGAAGAAGAGGUUACUGAACAUUUUCAUGCCGAACAGAGACCUAAUGUUGAAUCUAAGCAACCAAAAACUAUAAAAAAUAUAAUGAUGGCUUUGAAAGAAGGAAAAGUUAGAGAAAAUAGUUCCCCAAUGAGAGGCAACCGUAUAAAGGCUGGGGGAACAGGGAUCCAGAGAAAUAACUUUGAAACAUUGCCUAAAGCUCCCAAACCUAGUCCAGGUAAUCCUGGUUUCAAGGCUAACGUGGAGACGCUACCUUCUGCACAAGCAAAGGCCAGCUCUGAUUCUGUGAAGCGGAUUCAGGGAUCACAUCCUUUCAAGCAUCAGUUACCCUUUGUUGACUCCUCUCCGAAGACUAAACCUAGAUAUGAUGGAAUUCCUCCCUCUGGUUCCACGAGACAUGUUGAAAAUGGACUUCCUGCAAAGUUAAGACUCAAAACACCUCCUAAUCUGUCCAGAAGAUCAUCGUUUCCAGUACGGGUGAAGCAAAUGGGGAUUGAUGCUCCAAAUGUAGUGGCUGAUACUGUGAAAGUUGGUCCAAGUGAGACGACUCAUGAAUUUGAAAGGACUUAUCCGAUGCCCAAUGGCUGCCUUAUGCAAGUUUCAAAAGAGAUUAUACGGGAGUCACAUAAAGCUCUAGUGGGAACUUCUAAAGGACUGCAAACAGACGACAGCAAUUCUGUCUCAUCUUCAGUGUCAAUUCAAGCCUUAGAGCUUUCUGAUGAUGCAACACCUCUUGUUGCCUUGACAGAUCAGAUACUUCAUGAUCAUGAGAGAGUUAACCAAACUGACAGCGUAAAAUCAACCAGCUCCUCACUUACUUCCCCAUUCCAAUCUGACAUUCCUGAGAAUCCAUUUAGAGAAAAGGAUGGACAUGACAAUAGAUCUGCAGUACUUGUGAUCACCGAGGCUCACUCAGAUAAUCAGAGCAUCAAUGCUGGUACAGAGAAAGUGAGUUCAAGUGUACCUUUGGAGGUUCCAAGUUGGCAUCCUGAAGAAAUUUCUGUUUCUGAGGAUGAGAACACAUCGAGCGGACCUAGUCUUGGGGCUCUUGAGGUCCCGGGGCUGUGUUGUGAAGAAAUAUUUGUUAAAGAUAAUAAUCCUUCAAGCAGUAGUGAGCGUGAUGUAGUGCCCCAGUUAAACCUCACCUCUAAGUCGAAUGGUGACAAGAAAUUUACUGUGAAGGUUGGUCCAGGUGUGACAACUCAAGAUCCUGAGAGGACUUCUUACGUGGUGCCCAAUGGUUGCCCAACACAUCUUUCAAAGGAGAUUAUACAGGAGCCCCAUAAAGCUCUAGUGGGAGCUGCCAAAGGAAUGCAAACAUAUAACAACAAUUCUGUCUCAUCUUCAGUGUCAAUUCAACCAUUAGAGCCUUCUGAUGAUGCAACAACUCCGCUUGUUUCCUUGCCAGAUCAGAUACUUAAUCAUCACAAUAGAGUUGCCCAAACUGAAAGCUUAAAACCAACCAGCUCCUCAGUUCCUUCCCCAUUCCAAUCUGACAUACCCAAGCAUUCGUUGAGGGAAAAGCAUGGACAUGACAAUAGAUCUGCAUUACUUGAGAUUUCCGAGGCUCACUUAGAUCUUCAGACCAUUACUACAUGUACAGAGAAAGUGAGUUCUAGCGUACCUUUGGAGGUCCCAAGCUGGCAUCCUGAAGAAAUAUCUGUUUGUACGGACAAGAGCCCUUCAAGCAGGUAUAGUACUGGGCCUCUUGAGGUCUCAAGCUGGCGUUUUGAAGAAAUAUCUGAUUGUAAAGAUGAUAAUCCUUCAAGUAGGCCUAGUAGUGGGCUGCCCCAAUUAACCUUCACCUCUAUGUUGAAUGAUGACAAGUUUACUGUGAGGGAACUCCUGUCAUCAGUAGCGGACACUACCCCUUCUCCUUCCCUGCCUGUUUCAUUCAGCCAGAAGGAUUUUCUGGCUGACAAAGGAACUGUUUCACAAAAUCUAGCAAUUGAAAAGGCAGGUGCUCCGCAUCUUCCUCCAGCUUUCAAUGAUGUCAUACAUGUUAUAAGGCACAGCAGUUUCCGAGUUGGGAAUGAACAGCCAGUGAUAGAAACUGUGGAGAGGAGUAUGGAUGUUGGGAAGCUGAUAAAUGUAGUAAGGGAUGAAAUGGAGAUAAAAAACCUUGCAAAUCCUUCAACUCUGAAAUCAUCUGGUUGCUCCGAAACUACAUAUCUGAAAUCAAAUCCGUCUGAUAAUUCUGGCAUUAUGGAAACGGAAAUCAGAAGUCCCACCACCUCAAAUCCAAAAUUUGAGUCUUCUGAGCCAAUAAAACCUAACAAAUCAAUUAUGUCUGAUGAUUCUGGCAUUAAGGAAACGGAAAUCAGAAAUCCCACCUCCUCAAGUUCAAAAUUUGAAUCUUCUGAGCCAACAAAGCCUAAUCCUCCUGAGACAGAGGAUGAAACUCCAGUGAAGGAAACCUUGGACGUCAAGUCUUUCAGGCAGAGGGCCGAUGCACUGGAAGGGCUAUUAGAAUUGUCUGCAGACUUGCUUCAGCACAACAGAUUGGAAGAGCUAGCAGUUGUUUUAAAACCCUUUGGAAAAGAUAAGGUCUCCCCAAGGGAGACAGCAAUCUGGUUGGCAAAAAGUCUCAAAGGGAUGAUGCUUGAGGAUUCUUCGCGGAGUUCAUAAAUCAUGUAUUUUUCUGGUAUGUUCUGUUUAAUUUCUUGAGUAUUGAUAUUGCUUCACUAGUUCGCAGUUAUUGCUCUGCUUUUCACCUAUUCAAGUUCCAUUUGAAUUUUAAACAGAAUCAUGCCUUUUGUCUUUUUACCAAGUAAUUCUUUCAAUGCUGUAUGGUGUACAUAGUGACCAUAUAUAUAAAUUAAAUAAGUUUUGUCUUCCAGGAAAAUGUAUGGAUAUGUUUUGUAUAGAGUGGAUAUGUUUCAGUGUGUUUCUGUAUAGUAUCAGUUUAGGGCAGAUGUAUUCUCACAACUCCAUAGUUAUUUUUCUUAAUUUCUUGAUGUACACUUCUUCUA